AUGGAAAAGACAUCCAGCACCACGAACGGGUCCUCUGACGCAAGCCAGUCACGCAUAGAACACACAGAGACCUCCAUCACUACUCCCUCAAGCAACGCCGCCGAGACACAACCGCACUCUAAACAAUCCUCCGCCACAACGUCUUCGACACCAUCACCAUACAACUCCCGCGACGGCUCCCCGUCACGAAAGGCCCAGAAGUUCGUAAACGCGCCCAAAUUGUCAUCCACACCUGGGCUGAGAUCGCGCAAGAGCAGCCAUCAGGACUUGACUGCAGUUCGGACGCCCAGAUCCAACACCAACAAACCAGGACCGGCGACGUCGUCUAGAAUUCUCUCCACUGCCACGACUCCCACUUUACUCCCGAAUUCACAAGAAUCCUUUCUUAAAUCUAUCAACCCUCAGAAGGCACCCCUCAUUUCUGAGGUAGCUCAAACGAGAGAUAGCCCUCGCUGGCCGGUGUCGCCUCGUUUGCGCUCGCCCCCUCCUCAGCUCAAUAAGCCUCAAAUUCCACCCGCGACACGAAAAAGCGAGCAGGAAGUUCCGAGGGUAAACCUCACGAAAGCCCCCUCCUCUCCCCAACCGGAACCCCUCCCUUCCAUGUCAGAAAGCGAAACCGACGACUCGCAACUACCAUCUGGCGUGCGAACUCCAGUAACCGUAAACGGCUCGACUCUGGAAACAGUACAAGAAGUGAGCUUGCCGAAUUCGCCAGGGCAAAUGGACUCUACGCUCGAAAAGGUCAGUGAAAAGCUGGCCCACGAGGCUGCUGUGAGUGCCGACAGCCUCACGCAAGUGGACAAUAAUCGCACCAUUCGAUUAAGCAGAGGAGCCCUCCAAGCCCACGACAAUAUGGGCGACAAUGGAACACUCAGAGUGCGAUCCCAGAGCUCUGCUCCUGUACCGACGGUGACGCGACAGUCCAGUGUGCUGUCCAACAAACAAGGCAAGAGCAAGGCCACCGGAGAAGGAUCUUCCCUUAUAGUCGAGACAGAGACCGUGUCGUCCAUUCCCCAGGUGGCAUUAGCACCUGCUUCUAAAUUGGAAGCCAGCAGCGGUACACUCAGGGCGAAGCCAAGCACCGAGACGAUUAGACCCAAGAAAGAUAGGAAGAAGACGAGCCGGAAACAACCGACAGUCAACUCUGGCACCGCAUCCUCGAAAGCAGAUAUUUUUGAGGCUAAAGUGGCCAGCGCCGUUGACGAGGCGAAUACGUCAGACUCUGAAGAGACAUUUGUUUACGAUUCCAACCCCCCAGAUGUUGGGGACAGGCGUAGAUUCCACUCGCGGACUCCGAGCGCCACCUCGAUGAUCAGUCAAGCUGACAGACCUGGCGGCAUGGGGAUGCGCUCGAUUCACGAGGCUCUGCAGGGUAGUGGCGCCACCGCGGCAGCCGUUGGACUGAAAAAGAGCAUGAAGUUCGUCAACACGUUCAACAGCAACGGAGCUGAGAGCCUUGGCGUCGACGAAGACGGUAAGGGCAGCGGCAGGAGUGUGGGGCCUGGAUCGGGCAGAGGUACGAGCCGGCAUCACCACCACAAUCACUUUGGUCGUUGGGGGCGACAGGUUGGAAACUCACACCCCUCACUUUUCGACAAUGAAUCGCUCUUUCCAAAUGCUGCCCGGUCUAAGCUUUCGGGCAACACCUCGAGACAGUCAUCCGGCCCUCCUAGUCCUAGGGUUGCAAGUUCCGCCAGAGGUGGUCCGCACGCGCUCGGAAAGCGAUCGUCGAUUCAGAUGGCUCGUUAUGAUGCGGCUGACGAUACCACGACCACUGGUGCUGACGACGAGCGCACCCCGUUGAUUUCGUCUUCAGUCCGGUCUUCCAGGAGGAGCCGACGUCAACCUGCUAAUCUGCGAAACCUCGAAUCACAGGCCUACAGGCAACAACCAUCCUAUUUGAAUAGGUUCGCAGCUUGUCUGGUCGUGACGAUGAUGUUGCUCCUAGUCAUCACUGGCGCGAUUGGCUUCAUGUUCGCGACGUCACAGCCGCUGACAGACAUCCAACUGGUUGCUGUCAAGAACGUUUUAGCUAGUGACCCCGAGCUGAUGUUCGACUUGACGGUCAAAGCUCACAACCCCAACAUUGUGGUUGUUUCUAUUGACCAGGCGAAUCUGGAGAUAUUUGCCAAGUCACCACACGCGGGGACCGACUUUGACUGGUGGAAGCGGCCACACGAGGGGGAUAUGGAAGACCCGGGCAUGCAUAUUAGGGAUGAUCCUCCUGAUGAUCCACCGGACGAAGACAAUGCUCCAAACAUGCGACUCGGGACCAUUACGGAGUUUGACAGUCCGCUGUCUUUUGAGGGUUCUUUCUUCAACAAGGGUGUAUCGGCAUCGACGGGCACCAUGAGACUCCAUCUUCCAGGCAACCACUCGGCAGGGGGUUCCGAGCGAUGGGGUCAUAUCAUCCAGGAUGAAUUCGACUUAAUCGUCAAAGGUGUCGUUCGCUAUUCUCUACCGUUGAGCCAGCGGGUUAGAAGCGCACCAAUUUCUGGCAGAACAACAGUCAAGCCAAACUCUGCCAGUGAUCCAUCUCUCAGACCUAACACAACUCUCCCUGGAGAAUUACCAGGUCUCGAACCAUAG